AUGAAAGCUGCGGUGGGACUGCUGGUGCUGCUGGUCGGAGUUUCUUAUACUCCUGUGUCCUCUGUCCUGCUGCUCUCUGAGUGUCUGUCCCAGGGAGAGAUGAAGGUGUCCUGCUCCUCUGAGGGAGGGGACAGUCCUCAGUACAGCUGGACUCUGGAUGGACGCACACUGACAGAUGCUGAGCUUCUUUCUGUAAAUAAUGAGAGUAACAUCAUCACCCUGAAACAGCACGUCUCAGGACGUCUUGUCUGCUCAGUCAGGAACAACGUCUCCAAAGAGGAGAGAAUAUCUACCUGUUGCUGCAUUUUCAUUAACUGCACUUCAGUCAAUGGGUCACAGAUAUCACGGUGGGUGUAUAAAGCCAAUAACACCCUGUGUAUUAAAACAACAACAGAUCAUACACAAACUGGCAUCGUGUCAAAAGAAAACUCCACUAACAGCAGUGAUGACCCAUGGUACAUUAGAGAUUUCCCACUGGUCAGUGUUGUUCUCUCAGCAGCUGUAAUUUACUUAGUUGUGGGUGUAGCACUCAUCUGUGCUCAGAGGAAAAAGCAAAACAACAGACCAAUAAAAGAAAAAGAUGAAGAAGGUGAGCACGAAGUAACAUAUGCUAAUCUAGGGGUUAUGAAACAGCAGGAGAAGCGAGUGGAGCAAACAGGACAGGUGGAGGCAGAGGUGGAGUAUGGCCAAGUCCACUUUUCAAAGCCGCUUCAGCACACUGAACCUACAGAAGACGAUUGCUUGUAUGCCAGAGUUCAUAAAGUCAGGUGA